UGCUUUCGGUCCUCCGCCUAGAUAUUUAUUUAUUUCCUUUUCGUUUGUGGGGUAUAUUUUUAUAUAUCCUUAUCUCUCAGUUAUUGAAUGACAUUCGAUUCCGAGACAUAUAUGCCUAAAAGCAAAGCCCCCAAGAUGGAUGAUCUGGACUACAUCCCAGCGGAUCUAAGCCCAGAAGAGCGCUCCGAGCUGGAGGAGAUCCGGCGCAGGAAAGGAGCGCUGCUGCUGGAGAUCCAGAGGCUGAAGGAGGAGCUGAGAGAAGCUAUUAUUGAGGUGGAGGGACUGGAGACCAGCACUGAGGGCAGUAAAACAUUACAAAAGAGUCGACAUGUGGCCAUGGGCAGGAAAAAAUUCAACAUGGAUCCGAAAAAGGGCAUUGUGUUCCUAGUGGAGAACGAGCUUCUCAGACACACUCCAGAGGACAUUGCUCAGUUUCUGUACAAAGGAGAAGGACUCAAUAAAACUGCAAUAGGAGACUAUCUGGGUGAAAGAGAUGACUUCAAUAUUAAAGUAUUGCAGGCUUUUGUGGAUCUUCACGAAUUCACAGAUCUGAACUUGGUACAAGCACUUCGGCAGUUUCUGUGGAGUUUCCGCUUGCCAGGCGAAGCUCAGAAAAUCGAUAGGAUGAUGGAGGCCUUCGCACAGAGAUACUGUCACUGCAAUCCUGGAGUCUUCCAGAGCACAGACACCUGUUAUGUGCUUUCGUUCGCCAUCAUCAUGCUGAACACCAGUCUGCACAACCCCAACGUGCGGGACAAGCCCACGGUGGAACGCUUCAUCAGCAUGAAUCGAGGCAUCAAUGAUGGAGGAGAUUUACCAGAGGAGCUGCUCAGAAAUCUGUAUGACAGCAUCAAGAACGAGCCCUUUAAGAUCCCAGAGGAUGAUGGGAAUGACCUGACGCACACUUUCUUCAACCCGGACAGAGAAGGCUGGCUCCUCAAGCUGGGAGGUCGUGUGAAGACAUGGAAGAGACGGUGGUUCAUUCUGACAGACAACUGCCUCUAUUACUUUGAGUACACAACGGAUAAGGAGCCCAGAGGCAUCAUUCCACUGGAGAACCUGAGCAUUCGUGAGGUUGAAGACCCCAGAAAGCCAAACUGCUUUGAGCUCUACAUCCCGAAUAACCGCGGUCAGCUGAUUAAAGCCUGUAAGACGGAGGCUGACGGUCGAGUGGUGGAGGGAAACCACAUGGUAUACCGGAUCUCUGCUCCGACCCCCGAGGAGAAGGAUGAGUGGAUACACAGCAUCAAAUCUGCUGUGAGUGUUGAUCCUUUCUACGAGAUGCUAGCCGCCAGGAAGAAGCGCAUUUCCCUAAAGAAAAAGGAAGAGCAACCCUGAAAACUCCUCUAUUCCUCAUCUAUCAUUCCAUCCACUCCCUUCAUUCUCCAUCAAACCAAUGAUCAUUCAUUAAGGUAGCUCUCAUCCUCUCAUCAGAAGAAUCAUGAUGUUGGAUGUCUUUCGCGAACCUGAAUGUCACCUGUGGUUUGCAUUCAGGUGGUCUGGACUGCACAGUUCUCUUAUAUUCACACUACACAGUGUUAUUCACUAUCACACUAUAGUCAUUUCCACACUGUAUUAUGCGUACAUUCCAUAAGACUUUACUGAGAAACCUAAGAUUCAGGUGUUAAUGUGUGCAGAGCUGAGGCGGAAAAGUCUUUCGAGAUUUCUAAAUUGUAUCACUGGUCUCUCUUGAAUCAAUUCUGAGAUUAGUUUUUAACAGUAGAUGGUGCUCCUAGUUGGUUUUUAACAGCAGAUUGUGCUCUAGGCUAGUUUUGAACAGUUCCAGGCUAGUUGUCAACAGCAGAUGGUGCUUUUGGUUAGUUUGGUAAGAGCAGACGCCUCUUUAAAGUGCCAUCUGCUGUUAAAAAGUAGCCUAGAGCUGUUCAAAACUAGCCUUAAGCGCCAUCUGCUGUUAAAAACUAGUCUAUAGCUGUUCAAAACUAGCCAAAAGCACCAUCUGCUGUUAAAAACUAGCCCAUAGCUGUUCAAAACUAGCCAAAAGCACCAUCUGCUGUUAAAAACUAGCCUGUAGCUGUUCAAAACUAGCCAAAAGCGCCAUCUGCUGUUAAAAACUAGCCUGUAGCUGUUCAAAACUAGCCAAAAGCGCCAUCUGCUGUUAAAAACUAGCCUAUAGCUGUUUAAAACUAGUCAAAAGUGUCAUCUGCUGUUAAAAAUUAGCCUAUUGCUGUUUAAAACUAGCCAAAAGUGCCAUCUGCUGUUAAAAAUUAGCCUAUAGCUGUUUAGCCUAGACCACUUUUUAACAGCUCUAGGCUAGUUUUUAACAGCAGAUGGCGCUCUAGGCUAGUUUUUAAUAGCAGAUAACACUCUAGGCUAAUUUUUAGCAUAUUGUUACCUAGGCUAGUUUUUAACUGUUUCGGGCUUGUUUUUAACAGCAGACAGUGCUUUGGGCUAGUUUUUAACAGCUCUAGACUAGUUUUUAACAGCAUAUGGCACUUUAGGCUAGUUUUUAACCACUGACUGUGCUUUAGGCUAGUUUUUUACCUCAGACAGCAUUAUAGGCUAGUUUUUUUUUUUUUUUUUUACUGUUUGAGGCUAGUUUUGAACAGCAGAUAUGGCGCUUUUGUGUAGUUUUUAACUGCUCUAAGCUAGUUUUGAACAGCAGAUGGCACUCUGGGCUAGUUUUAACAGUUCUAGGCUAUUUUUUAACAGCAGAUGGUCCUUUUGGCUAGUUUGUAACUGUUCUAGGCUAGUUUUUAACAGCAGAUGGCACUCUAGGCUAGUUUUUAACAGAAGACUGCGUUCUUGGCUGGUUUUUAACAGUUCUAGGCUAGUUUUUGUAACUGCUGACAGCGCUCUUGGCUAGAUUUUACCAGCUCCAGUCUAGUCUUUAACUGCAGACGAAGCUGUAGGCUAGUUUUAACAGCACAUUUUGGUUUUAUCUGCUUUUAAACACUAGCCUAGAGCAUGCCACCUGCUGUUAAACAGUAGUCUAGAGCAUGCCAUCAGCUGUUAAAAACUAUUAAGUGUUAAAAAUCUAGCUUAGAGCCUUAUCUGCUAUUAAAAACUAGCCUAGAGCACCAUCUGCUGUUAAACAGGAAUCUCAAAAUCGAGUCAAGACAGAAUAGCAUUUUGAAAAUCUCAGAAUGGGCACAACUGAAAUCGUGAGCUAUUAUUCAGCACAGCUCAAAAUGUGCAUCACAUUCACUUCUGCUUCCUAUACUCUUUGCUCAUUGACCGACCGCCGCUUCUGCUAUUUACAGCAUUUACUGUGAAGUUCUUACACAAACAGGGUAGACGACCAAACAGCCUGAUGUUUCUUCAUCACCAUCAUCAUCAUCAGGGACUGAUAUAACUGAGCCUUUAGUGGAAAUGAGCAGAAAGUCUCGUUCACAAUGAAGCCUUUUGUUUAUUCAGUCGCUGUUGAUUUACUGCGUCUAUUCGGAGUUAUUUAAUCUUAACUCGCACUAUCUCUUCUACACUUGAGUUUAUUUACAUGUUGUAAAUGAAGAUGUAAAUGAAGGUCAUUGCUAUUUAAACCGCAUAUCAAGAGGCGUUUAAGUUAAAGGGGUAGUUCACCCAAAAAUGAAAAUUUCCUCAUUAUUUUAUAUUCAUUUAUGAGUUUGUUUCUUCUGUUGAACACAAAGGAAGAUAUUCUGAAAAAUGCUGGAAAAAUUGUGUAACAAAACAAACUAUGAAAGUCAAUGGCUGUUUUUUUCUCCCAGCAUUCCUCAGUAUAUCCUCUUUUAUGUUCAACAGAAGGUUUAAAACAUUGGUCUCAAACUGGAUUCCUGGAGGGCCGCAGUUCUGCACAAUUUUGCUCCAACCCUAAUCAAACACAGCUUAUCCAACUAAUCAAGGUGUUCAAGACUACUAAAGACUAUUAAACAGGUGUGAGUUGGACGUGGUUGGAGCUAAACUAUGCAGAGCUGCGGCCCUCCAGGAACUGAGUUUAAGACCAUUAGUUUAAACAAAUGGAGGAUGAGGAAAUGAUCACAAUUUUCAUUUUUGGAUGAACUGUUGCAUAUCCAAUCAGUUAAUUAGCUACAUAUCAUUUGAAUAUUACCGGUGUAAUAUUGGUUUGGACCCACAUGAUAAAGUUAAACCGCUAAUGAACUUCACCAGCCCAUCAAAACAUCUGUAGAAAUUCAUCUCCUCAACUAUCAAUCCAUACAAAGCUCCUUCAUCUUUGAGAAAAGAGCCUUAAAGUUUCCCGCAGCCCUGUUUCUGAAUGUUCGUACUAGUGUUUCAACUGAACAAACUAGGUUUAGAUGGAUAACCUCAAAGGGCCAGUUCACCCAAAAACUGAAAAUUCUGUCACCAUUUCCUCGUCGUCUCUUUCUUUCUUCUGUUAGGAAGAUAUACCGAGCCAUUGACUUCAAUUGUACUUUGUUUAUUCCUACUAUGGAAGUCAAUGGCUGUUUUUUUUUUUUUCGCCCAACAUUUAUAAGAAUGUCUUUUGUAUUCAACAGAAGAAAGAAACUCAUAAAAGUUUUGAACCACUUAAGUUAUGAGCAAAUGAUGGCCUUAAUGAUGCCUUUUAAACAAAACACUGUCAUAAAAAUAUUUUAUAAAUGAAAGAAAUUUAACAGUUUGUUCAAAUUUCCCCUCCAUAUGCUUCUAGUUUAGUGGAAAUAAAUCUAAUUUAUUGAACCAUUUACAAAAAGGUCUCAUUUGUUAGCAUUUGUUGAUGCGUUAACUCCGUGUUUCCCAACCCUGUUCCUGGAGGCGCACCAACAGUACAUAUUUUGGAUGUCUCCCUCCUCUGACCCAUUAACUUCAGGUUUUGGAGUCUCUUCUUAUGUUUCUAUGAGUUGAUUCAGGUGUGUUGGAAUAGGGAGAGGUUGAAAAUAUGUACUGUUGGGUGUGCCUUCAGGAACAGUGUUGGGAAACACUGCGUUAACUUGACCUAACAAUAAAAAUGUGUUUUUAUGUAUCAUAGAUUUAAUCUUUGCUCAACUUAAAAACAGUGCAUUAUAUAAUAGUAACAAAUGCAACUUUUGAUUUCAGUUUUGUAAAUGUUGAAAUUUAAGAUCGAUCAGUGCUACAGAAGUAUUGUUUGUCAUUAGCUUAACUCAGUGUUUCCCAACUCUGUUCCUGGAGGCACACCAACAGUUCAUGUUUUGGAUGUCUCCCUCAUCUGACCCAUUAACUUCAGGUUUUGGAGUCUCUUCCAAUGUUCUGAUGAGUUGUUUCAGGUGUGUUUGAUUAGGGAGAGAAUGAAAAUGUGUACUGUUGGUGUGCCUUAAGGAACAGGGUUGGGAAACUCUGGCUUAACUAAUGCACUUAACAGAUGUUGACAAAUGAGAUCCUACUAUAAACCCUUUAUUUCUUCUUAAUUUGUGAUGUAAUUGGACUGAUUUGAUGCGAUUCGCUCUGCUUUUUUUCUGUGAAACUGUCAGUUAUUUGUAUUUGCGAAGGCAGAAAGUGGUGUCUGCAGUUUUAUCCUCUGAAAUGAGAGCAGUUUUUGUGCCUCAGAUGUGUGCCAGACGUAAAGAUGGCCUGUUUUGUUGCUUGUCUGAAACACUAGAUACUCCCUCUUACUCAGUGCUGUUCAGUUUGAAGGAGUCCAUGGCAGCUUUUUUUCCAAAUGUACAUUGUUUUGCCUUUUCUGUUUGUAAAUACAUGUCGUUAUGUUUGUUUACAACGCAUAUUGAUAGCAUUUUCUUUAAUUUAUUGUUCUUUUUGUGAAAUAAGGGUCGUAUGGAAGCUCGUUUUCUCAAUAGGAUUAAAAAAACAAACUGUAAUUGCAGGUUUUUAUCUCGCGAAACAGUUUUUGUUUGUUUGUUUGUUUUUUUUCUGGAUUGCAA